AUGAACCCACCUCUCUUGGUUCGCCUCGAGCCACAUCCGGAUGCAAGGAAUGCUGCUGUGGGAACUGGAACCAUUCGAAUCGGUUCCAUAAUCGCAAGCAUUCCCGCUCUGUCGACUGCUCUCCUCCCCUCUGAGAAGGGCAAGCGCUGCGACGAAUGCCAUCGAGUGCAGACCGAUUCCGCGCAGCUCUCUAGGUGCUCAGGGUGCGCGUCUUUCUGGUACUGUGGUACCGCAUGUCAAGGCAAGGCAUGGAAGGCGCAUCAUAGGAAACUCUGCAAGCGUUACAACACCUUCACCGCGUCAAACCAGUAUCAAGCUCUUACUAGCCAUGACCAAGUGGAUGCGCUCUUGCUUUCCCAGCUUCUAGUCGACCCCGAUGUAUGGUGCGGGGAACGCGCACAAGACGAUCUGCAUCAUCCGCAUGCCACGAUGCUGGACCUCCUCGGAGUUCCGAGGUCAGACGGUUUCGUCCCUCCUCUGUGCCUUCCGGCGAGUGCGCAAACGCCAGAAACCCUCGCGCUAGCAGCGGACCUCUACGCGCGAUUUGGCAACAACAACUUCGUGCUUCACUCGCACCUGGACGCUUACGCGCACGGGGUCUUUCCGCUGGCGAGUCGUCUGUUCAAUCACUCCUGCGCCCCUUCAGCCGUUUGCAAGUACAUCAUUACUCCGUCUGGAGCGCCCCGUAUGGAUGUCGUAGCUUUGCGGGAUGUUGCAGAAUGCGAAGAGGUCACGAUUCCAUAUCUCGACCCCGCCCUCCCAUAUCGAACACGUCAAGACGCCUUGCGCGCAAACUACGGCUUCACAUGCGGCUGCCGACUCUGCACCUUCCAGUCAUCCAUCGACCCUGUUCCCGCCCCACCCCUGCGGACGGAUACAGACUCACCCACCGACGACGCCGCCCUGCGCGAGUUCGCACUCGGGGACGUCGCGCGGGGCUCCGUCCGCAUCCCGACCGCGCCUGGGAUGUUCGAGGGCCUGCCGCUCGAGCUCCGCGCUGUCCUGCACGAAGACUACCUUCCCGCGCUGUCUGAGGCGUUCAGCCGCACGGCACACGAGGGCCCGUACGGCCACGCUGUCGAAGCCGGGCUCACGCUCCUCGCGCUGUACGUGGUGGUGUACCCGCCGAAUUACCCUCAGAUCGGCAUGCACGCACUCGAGCUCGCGAAGACGCUCUGGAACCUGCUCUGCGCGGAGCCGGGCGCGCUGGCGGGGCUCGGCGCUGGCUCGGAGGAGCAGGUGCGGAGACACGCCGGGGAUGCGCUCGCGUUCGCCACCGGGGUCCUGAGCAACUUUGGAGCAGAAGGGGACGAGGGCGGGCCGUUGGACGAGGUUCAGGUACUGGGAAAGGUGUUGGAAGAUGAUGCGCAGGGACGUGCACACUGA